AAAGUAUAUGCGUAAAGAUUAGAAUAACACUGUGCCAUAUUGACCAUUCGAUUGUUUCAGCUUUAUUAAGGUGGCCUUAAGCAUUCCUAUACUCCAGUCAAGGGAUACAACUGUUAUUUUGGAUUUUUUGUUACUCUCCAAUACUCAAGAUGGACUCUAUUGUUGGCUUGAUUGGUAUUUUCUACUUCCUUGGCGUCAGCGCCAACUCCCCUGAAGGUGAUGCUACUGUGGACACUUCGACCAAAGGAGUGGGCAGCAAAUUCUUUGGCAACAAGAAGGCGAUGAUAAUAGCCGGUGUUAUACUGGUUUUAGUAAUUGUUGUUUGUGUUUCUAUUUGGAAGUGUAGUAGUAAUGGUAGUACUGAACCUGCGUGGUCUGCCGGUAUUGUCAUCGGUGUCCUUGCCAUAGGAGGCAUUUUAUGUUACAUCUUCAGGAACAAAAUUCGGAACUUGUUCACUAAAAAGGCAGCUGAAGAAGUUGUAACAUCGUGAUGUGGUUGCAGUCAGAUUGGAUCGAUUCAACUGUUGUCUCAGGGGUUUAUGUAGUGUAUAAGCAGGCUUUAAUCUGUGUUCUAUCCGCGGUAGUGCUCUAAUUGUAGUUUGUGGUUUAUAUGUAUGAGAUGUAUCAUUUGAUGACAUCUGAUGCGUAUUGUAGAAUUCUAAUGAUCCCUGUCAUCAGAUGCAACAGAGAUUUAAUGGUGCUUCAUUGAUUGGAUAUACGUAAUAUUCGUCUAACAAACUGGCAAUAUAUAGUAAAAUAUAAGUAGCAACUAUGUGAUUUCAAUGCCAUCACAUAUGGAAUAACACGAUGUGGUUACGUGUCGAAGCGUUACAUUCUUCAAUAGAUGACUGUGGAGAGGAUGAACAGACGUAGUAGCAAUUGAAAAGAAUAACGCUGCUAUGCCUAGGUUUACCUACCUUAUAAAACAUAUAUCAUUUCAACGAAUUAUUAGUCUUCACCUUAUAAAGGUCAGAGCCGCACCUUGAAAUUCAACUUCUCUCUGCUCCAUAUAAAGAGAUGACUCUAUAUAAACUGACAAUACCUACGGAUCACGUAUUCUAUCACUAUGCAGCUGGUACUAAACUAUCGUAACUAAAUAUGGCCCGUAAAUGUUAAUAGUUACCUUAAUAUCACUGACACAGUGAUAAUGUAUGCAUAAACACGGCUGCCUAUCAUGCAAUAAGGUCUAAUAGCUUAUACUACAU